GACUUGCAUGCAUUUGAGCUGUCAAGAGAUGAAUGGAAGGCUGUGCAAGACCUUUGUGAUGUCCUCAAGGUCCUCAAAGAUGCUACCUUAUACUUCUCUCGGUCAGGUAUUCCAAGCCUCGCAACUGUAAUUCCAGCCAUGGACGUCAUCGACAAGGUUUUCGCCACUGCAGCAGUCAACGACACCAAGUUCUCUGCGCCUAUUCGGGCCAGCCUUCUUGUUGCCAAGCAAACCUUGAAUCAGUACUACCACUUGACUGACGAUUCUGACCUGUAUCGUAUUGCGAUGAUUCUACAUCCUGUUCACAAGCUAGUUUACUUCGAGAAAGCCAACUGGGAACCUAUUUGGAUUGACGAAGCA